AUGGAAACAGAGAGUGAGGGGAAAACAAAUAUCAGGAUGUUUUGGAGCAUACUAAAUGACGCUCUCAGGGAAGUUUCAAAGGAUGAUACUUACAAGUUCAACCCUUAUGGAAUAAUGAUAGACGAAGGAGGUGGUUGGUGGUCUUCAAUCCCUUUGGAAUUGGCCGAUGGAGUGAUAGAGAGGACAAUCAGCUGCGAGAAACACUGGACGUUCACAGUGAAGAGAAAUGUUACAUCUAUCCAGUCUGCAUAUGGGCCAGAUGUAAGUGAAGAGUUCAAGAAUAUCACUCAUGGGAUACUGAAGGCAGCUACACCAAACAUGUUCGAAGUAGCAAAAAAUCAACUGGAGCAAUUUCAACAGAAGUAUCCUAUGAAAGAUGUAGUAAAUUGGUGGACAUGGUGGGAACAGCGAAAGCACCAUGUGUUCCGGGCUUUCCGACCUUCCCUAAAUGCUCCAAGGGUAAAUCUGGCAGAGGCCGGUCAUUCAUCGUGGAAAAACAGUGGCUUGGUUCACCUAGAUCUUCUUGAUGCUGCAAGACAAGAUGUAGCAGAGAAUCUCCAAUUACAAUCCAACCUAAAAGAGUAUGAACAAGGUACAUACAGUGGUAAAGGCCCAAGCAAAWAUUCUCUUUCCGAACGAAACUAUGCAGAACAAGAUAAGAGAGCUCAAGCAUUUAGUGAAGAACUUAUGCAAUAUCUUGAGGAAGAGAGUGUGGAAAAAGCACCUAUACCCAAAAGCCAUGUAACAUACAUCAAUGAAAGAUCAUCCCACAGACAUGAUCCUCGCAAGUCCACAGCAAAACAAGCUAAACCAGUCUCUAAAGCAGUAAAACGGCCAUGCAGCUUAAGAAAUACACGGAGCAAAAACUUUAUCCGAGUGCUAAACAUUGCAAAAAAUCUAAAAUCUGUGUCAAUCAAGAGUGAGGUUGUGAUCAAUGACCAUGGACGCCAGUUCAUCUUAGCAGUGGCUUCUGGAACAACAUACGAUGUUGAAAUAAACCAAAAUCCAAACUGUUCGUGCAGGUACUGUAACGACAGAGAUGUCUGUUGUCACAUCAUUUGGUUACUACUAAACCACUUUAAAGUGCCUGAGUCUGAUUAUCGACUCCAUCAGAGAGGGUUUACAGGUCAUGAGCUAGAGCAAAUCUUUUCCAAGCGCAGUGCAAGACAGACACCACCGAAGGAAGGAAACAAGAGUGGAUGCAAGUGGUUAAUCACCAAGCACAUGCUCAAUACGAAGCCAAGGUGUCCAACCUGCCACUGCGAGCUUUUAAAGGGCGAUUUGAAGAUUACUUGUUUAGCAAGGUGGACACCCCCCCACAAGAAUAAGGAUGGGCAAAGCUUCACUGUUCCACGGACCUUCCACUUCUGCUUGAAGUGGGAGUGUAUUGCUGAUCCUCCACGAGGGAGCACAAUUAKAGAGCCGCCAAGUUCAUUUGGUGUUGACCCCACAGCCACAUUUUCUGAAGAUGAGUGGAAGCUUCAAGAUAACCAACGUGAACUUAUAAGAGAAAUAAAUAAGCAGGCUUCUGCUAAGAGGAGAGAUAACCAACGUGAACUUAUAAGAGAAAUAGAUAAGCAGGCUUCUGCUAAGAGGAGAGAUAACCAACGUGAACUUAUAAGAGAAAUAAAUAAGCAGGCUUCUGCUAAGAGGAGAGAUAACCAACGUGAACUUAUAAGAGAAAUAGAUAAGCAGGCUUCUGCUAAGAGGAGAGAUAACCAACGUGAACUUAUAAGAGAAAUAAAUAAGCAGGCUUUUGUUAAGAGAAAAGAUAAUCAGCCUGGGCAAGUGAGAGAACUAAAUAGACAAGCGUUUCUAAAAAGAAAGCAAUCACAACCUGAACGGUUAAAACAAAUAAACAGGGAUUCAGUAACAAGGAAAAGGACAUCAAAAAAAGAUGAUUCACUCAAAGCAAAAAAACUGAAAGCAUCAAGUUCUAAUGGUGAAUGUGGUGAAUCAUUAGAAAAUAGAAGAACAAAUUAUCUUGAUUCAGAGACAACUGGUAUAAGUCCAACAAACUUUAUUUUAAAUUUUCAUAAGAAAGUAGAAUGCGGGCCAGAAUAUGUAUGCACUUGCUGUGACCAGUUAUGGUAUAAAUCUUCUGUAAGAAAAUGUAACCUGAAUACUUAUUCAAGAUGCCCAUCGGAACUUGUAACUCAAUGCAUUACAAAUACUAAAAGUAUAUCAGAUACAGAAUGGAUAUGCACAACCUGUCACUCAAACCUAAAAGACGGAAAAUUGCCUGCAUGUGCAAAYGCCAAUAAUAUGGCAUUUCCUGUAAAACCUGAUGUUUUGGAUUUAACACAACUGGAAGAAAGGCUGAUUUCACCUAGAAUUCCAUUCAUGCAAAUACGUGAAUUGCCAAGAGGAGGUCAACUAAGUAUUCAUGGUAAUGUAGUAAAUGUACCUGCUGAUGUCAAUUUAACAGUUAAUUCUUUYCCAAGAUCACUUAGUGAAUCACAGACUAUUCCAAUUAAGCUAAAGAGAAGGCUUUCCUAUAAGCACCAUUAUAAGUUCCAAAAUGUUAGACCAAAAAAAGUAUUAGAAGCAGCUAAAUUUCUUGCUGAAACAAGUGACUUGUAUAAAUCAGAAGGUAUAGUGAUUAAGCAGAACUGGAUUAAAUSUCUACAGAGUMAUAAUGAAGGAAAAGAGRGGAAAGAAUURCUAUUAGAUACAUGUAACUCAAAUCAAUCACCAACUGAAYUCAAUACUGACAUAAGCAACCUAAGCAAUGGGGAGAUAACAUCAAAAUCUAUUUCUSAUGAUSAUGARGGUUGGUGCGAAGUAGAUGAACGUCCAUCAGGCAAUCUAGAUACUUUACUGCAGGAACCAGAUGUUGCAGAAAAUGGUGACAAUAUUAUAAGRUUUGCACCAGGGGAAGGCAAUAAKRRRCUAGGGAUUUUUAUGGACAAAGACUCAGAAUUUUUAUCAUUUCCUACUAUAUUUUGUGGAGAG